AUGACUCCGUAUGUUGACUCCCACUGCCAUGUCACGACCAGCAUAGAACCAAAAUCGAUUCGGCUGCCAAAUGUGCCCUUUCAGUGCUGUAUCAUGUCCAACAAUGGCUACGACUGGUGGAAACUGGUAAACUCCCCUGUUGCAGAUGCAAAUACCAAACUGGGCUUCGGAGUGCACCCAUGGUACAGCCACCUGUAUUAUUUGUCAGAAGAUGGGACGUCACCCUCUAAAGAAGCCCACUACAGGUCAAUUCUUCAGGGUCCACGAGAAGCGGAGUUGAAUCGCAUCAUCCUGCGGCUUCCAGAGCCCAAAAACUUAGUCUCUUACAUCGACGCAAAUUUCAGCACAACGUCCUGCGACUGCAUCGGGGAAAUUGGGCUGGACAAGCUUUUUAGGCUGCCUGAAAACGGGUUUUACCAAGGUGACGACACGGCUCCCUUGAGUCGCGUCAAAGUGAAAAUGGAUCAUCAAGUCAAAGUGUUCGUGCAAAUGUGCCAAUUGGCUGUGAAGCACUCACUACCAGUCUCGCUUCACUGUGUGAAGGCUCCCAACCAGAUGUUCGAGCUGUGCCAGACGCACUUGCUUCCACACAAGGGCAUCAACAUAUGUCUGCACUCAUACACCGGAUCUGUAGAGACGCUGACGGGCGCAUGGCUCAAAAAUUUUCCCCGCGAGCGUCUUUUCUUGAGUAUAUCAAGCUACGUGAACUUCAAGAACUUAGAAUCGGCAUCCAAACUGCUACAGGCACUACCUCUAGAAUGUAUUCUCACGGAAACCGAUUUCACCUGGGAUACUUCAAGUGAGAAUGACAUCCAGGAAGCGUUAGAUUUCGUUCUUUCGCGAAUUACUCACGAACAUGACCUCCCCUCUGUCGAGCGCGCCAAAGAGAUUGUGUAUGCAAAUUUUCGUCGAUUUGUGGAAGGCGGUGAUGUUUCUACGCCUGCUUCAGACAGUAUGUACAACGUCCACUAA